AUGCAUUUGACUAUACUGUGUUUAUUGUCUCUGGCGCCCUGUGUUUUGGCCGAUGGCUGGGAGGAUUUUACUAACAAUCUUGCGACGGACUUGGCCCCUCUAAUUACUCUCUUCGGCGAGCGUCUCACCAAACAGUUUCUCUCCGAGUCAAUCAGCCUCCUGGACAACAUCAUCUUCGCUCUAUCGCCACUCGGCGUAUUAACUGCCAUCGUCUCUGUGAUUCGUGUAUGUGGCGGUUCCUCCCUUCGAGCCUUCAUCGGUAGAGCCCAAGAAGGUCCCGCCGAAGCCGAGAGUGAGCUUCUACCAUGUGUGUCGGAGUCCACGGCAGAAUUGUUUAAUGAAGGAGGUAUAUCGCGGGUCUUUGGUAGACCUAGGAUUGUGGAGAUUAUAAUGUGGGAGAACGAAAAUGCGGAGAAUGGUGAGAAAAGUAUAGAGAUUGGAACGUUACGUGAUGCUUUAAAGAUCGGCGCUUGGUCCGCCCAGGGUUCAGGUCUCUCGAAUGAGGACUUGUCUGAUCCAACUCAUCUGCCUGAAUUGGAUGUUCCCAAUCUUUCCUUGAACAAGGGAAUCAAGAGACGUGACCAGUUCUGGUUUUAUUGUGCUGCAGCUGUGGGUGCUGCGUUGCAGAUUGGGGUUACGAUCUAUGCUGCAGUCACAGUAUUUAUAUUUCCUGGAUCAUUUGAAAAGGAUGGCAAAGCCGUUCCAAGCUACGCAUUCCCCUUUUAUAUGAUUGGGACUGUCUUCCUAUUCAUGGGAAUGCUGUGCUGUGCGAUCAUUAUUGAGCGCUCUUCAGAAGAGUACCACUUCAAACCGAACAGACCAAGCAAGAUAUUCUGGCUACAGCCAGGAAAACAAAAUGUCGGUGAUCAAGUCUUCAAUGCAUUCAUGGCAGUCAAAGAGGGCCCAAAAUUCACCAUGACGACGAAAAUGGAGUACAUCAAAUCGGUACGAGUUGGAAAAUAUGACGACAGACAUUUAGAGAUCUACAUGACACUUCUAUCCACAAUGCUUGGAUUCAUAUUUCAGUUUAUUGGGCUAAGAGGGCUACACGCUUCUGUGAUCCUUGCCCAGCUAGGAUCGACUUUCAUCAUGUCCGUACUACGCACGUGUCUUCGAACAGAGCGAAUGCCGCAAGACGAAAAUAAGAUGAGAUCUGAGCGGGAGCUCACAUCGCAUAAGCAACAGGAGCUCGAUUGGUUUGCGUUUCAUCUCAAGAAUAUCGAGUCUUUUGAAGUGCUUGCACCGUCAUUCCCGGAGACAUCCUCAACGGAAUCUUCAAGCGAAGUCAUUCAAGCACAUGGGCCACUCGUCAGUCAAUUGAUACAAACAAGGACUCGUUUGGUAGAAUUGACAACUAGCUCAAGCCACGGCUUGAUGGUUGGAUGGGACAAUAUGCCGAUUCGAGAGGUAGCUCAAAAUCUCGCCCUCGUGAUUGAAUCAACAAUGGAUCUUAUGUCUAGCUGGGGAGUCGAGUUUGGCGAGUCCUUUGAAUUUCGGCUAACUAUCGAGUACCAACCGUCACUUGUGGAUUGUAAUCCACCCAUUCGAAGCGACUACUCGAUAUUCCUUCAAAGGUGCGGCGACGCACUUCGAUGGAGCGUUGAAAAAAACGAACUAGAAGCCGUUCUUGGUCUUUGGGUUUGGUCUCUGUACAAAUCUGAAGAAGGCUGGCGUCAGCCGCUCAACCGCAUGGUUGGGCUCACUGAAGUUGAGGCGAGCAAAAAAGAAACAUAUCUCCUCUUUCACAAGUGGAUCUCCAGGCAGACUGAGGCAAGGCUUGUUUCGGCGAAGGUAAUUGACUCAUCGCGGCGGUUAUUCGGAUUUGAUUUAGACGACUACGCUUACGACAAGGAUAUUCUCAUCAUGCGGACGGAAAAUCAGAUUGAACUUAUGGCUGCUCAGGACCUUUAUAUGAAUUUUCUCCAAUAUGCAUUUAAUCACUUCUACGAACUUGGAGGGGAGACUGGAAUUUCUACCGGGCUAUCGAACUCCAUCCGGGUCCACAACAGCCGUAUCGACGAGUUGAUGCACUGCUUUGAGAGUCGUGCCUUGGGUUCUCGAGAGGACGCAUUGCUGUGCAUAGUCCCUGUCCUGAGACAACAUAAUCUUCUACCAGAGUUCUCUGCAGAUUGCACCAAUGUCAGAAAACAAGUAGAAAAAUUGAUUCUACGGAAUGACUGGAAAAGUGCGUUUGAUCUCGUGCGAUGGAUCUGUCAAAGAACUGAAGGACUUGAAUUCGAGCGAUCUGUGUACGAACUCGGGUAUAUCUGUCGUCGGGCGCUGCUUGACACUUCGAAAGUUGCCCAAGAAGAAGGGCUUGAGAAUAUCUGCCGAAUACUUGACUCUAAUGUUGAAGAGGACUUCUUCGAAGCCCAAAGAUUGACGCCACCUGCCCGAUGGUCUAGAUUGGCAAAUCAUCAGCAGUGGUGGGUUAUAUUUGCAAAGCAGGUUGGGUGGAUCGCUUGGCAUGUGUCAAUCAAUGUGAAAGGGGUGAAAGGGAUCCAGCCAGCACUGAGAAGACGAGGAGUUAGGGAGACUAUACUCUCGUACCCUGAUAUAGCAGAAGUUGCUGAGGUUGGUCCAAGGGUCAUUCAAUACUGGCUCACUUUGAAUCAUGUUGACUUUGAACGCGAAUACUCCGCCGAUGAGGACGAGAUUGGGUAUAAAUGGGCUCUUGCAGCUGAGUAUUACGGCCUUAUAUACUUCACUCUGGUCAGAUGGGUUGAGCUUGGUGCAGAUUGUGCAAGCCUCAUCCAGCAUGCCUAUUGCGUUGCUGCAAAGAACCGUUGCGAUUGGGGUGUAAAGGUUCUUCUGCGAUACGGCACGAAUAUUAAUAUCCUCAACGAGAGAAACAUUUCUGCCUUGAUGAAAGUCGUUGCUACUGGAGACUUGGAAGCUGCUCGCACUCUUCUGAACAACGGGGCCAAUCCAGAUGGAGAUGAGCAAGUUCCAGAUUCGCGUCCGUUGCUGUUAGCUGCUCAUGAGGGCAUGACGGAGAUGGUUCGAUUGCUACUGGAUCGCGGCGCUGAUCUGGAGAUUGAAGACAGCAUCGGAGGAACUGCUCUGCACUGGGCAAGCGCAAGAAACCAACUAGAAACGGUGAAAUUUUUGCUUUCUAGAAGAGCAGAGAUUGAAAAAACUGGAUUGGAGCAAGUCACACCACUUCAUUCUGCUGUGUCGGCAGGAUAUCUCCGAAUGACCCAGCUGCUUCUUGACGGCAACGCUGACAUCAACGCCCGCGACGGAAACUUUGGCCGGACUGCUUUGAUUUUGGCGGCAAAAGAUUCAUACGUUGAUAUUCUUCAUGAGUUACUAGCAAGGGGUGCUGACACUCGCUUGCGUGAUCGUGAAGGGCUCACUGCUUUGGACUGGGCAAGGAGAGGUCAUUGUGAUGCUAUUGUGGCUAUACUGGAGGGUUACAAUGGUGAAGAGAAGUUAGAGCAAACAUAG